CAGACCAGCCUUUCAGCUCAAGACAGCAACUUGGCCUCUGCUCAGCUCUGCCACUGCCCUGCCCCAUGCCCUGGGACCCCUCCCUCUGCCCCUCCGGCUGCCUGAUCUGGCCAGCUUUCCUCUGGAUUCCAGCCCCUGGUCAUUGGUUCCUCCCCUCUCUCUUCAGGCCUCUGUCUCUGUCCCUCUUCCUCUAGAUUCCCUUCCUCCACCUCCACCUUUGCAGAUCCUGUCUUUUGUCUGGCUGUCUCUCUCCACUUUCUGACCUCUUCCCUUUGGAGGGCUCAGCGUGGCCCGGGCCUAAGGGGAGAUGGGGAAGGCCCAGUUCCUGGUCUUGCUGCUUCUGCAACUGCUGUGUGUGGCUCCAGUGGAGGCUCCAAGGCCUGGGGCAGAGGUCCCCGUGGUGUGGGCCCAGGAGGGGGCUCCUGCUCAGCUACCCUGCAGCCCCACAAUCCCCCUCCAGGAUCUCAGCCUUCUUCGAACAGGAGCGGUCACUUGGCAGCAUCUACCAGACAGCGGGCCCCCGGCCCCCGGCCCGCGCCCGGCGGCGCCCUCCCUUUACACGGUGCUGAGGCUGGCUCCCGGGGGCCUGCGCAGCGGGCGUCCGCCCCUGCAGCCCCGCGUGCAGCUGGAAGAGCGGGGCUUCCAGCGCGGCGACUUCUCGCUGUGGCUGCGUCCCGCCCGACGCGCCGACGCCGGCGAAUACCGCGCCAUCGUGAGCCUCAGGGAACGCGCCGCCCUGAGCUCCAGGGACCACGCCCUCGUCUGCCGCCUCCAUCUGCGCGUUGGCCAGGCCUCGAUGACGGCCAGCACUCCAGGGUCUCUGAGGGCCUCCGAUUGGGUCGUUUUGAACUGUUCCUUCAGCCGUCCUGACCUCCCAGUUUCUGUGCACUGGUUCCGGGGCCGAAGCAGAGUCCCUGUCAAGGAGUCCCCCCAUCACCACUUAUACGGAAGCUUCCUUUUCCUGCCCCGAGUCAGCCCCUUGGACUCUGGGCCCUGGGGCUGCAUCCUCACCUACAGAGAUGGCUUCAAUGUCUCCAUCACAUACAACCUCACUGUUCUGGGCCUGGAGCCCCCAGUCCCUCUGACAGUGUACACCGGAGCAGGUUCCCGGGUAGAGCUGCCCUGCCGCCUGCCUCCCGGUAUAGGGACCCAGUCUUCCCUCACUGCCAAGUGGGCCCCUCCUGGGGGAGGCCCUGACCUACUGGUGACUGAAGAUGAUGGCAACUUUACCCUUCAACUAGAAGCUGUGAGCCAGGCCCAGGCUGGGACCUACAUCUGCCGCAUCAAUCUGCAGGGGCAGCAGCUCAGUGCCACUGUCACUUUGGCAGUCAUCACAGUGACUCCCAAAUCCUUUGGGUUACCUGGCAACCUGAGAAAACUGCUUUGUGAGGUGACUCCAGCAUCUGGACAAGAGCGCUUUGUGUGGAGCCCCCUGGAUAAGCCAUCUUGGAGGAGUUCCCCAGGACCCUGGCUGGAGGUGCAGGAGGCCAGCCUUCUUUCCCGGCCCUGGCAGUGCCAUCUGUACCAGGGGGAGAGGCUUCUCGGAACAGCAGUAUACUUCGCUAAGCUGUCUGGCCCAGGUGCCCAGCACUCUGGGAGAGUCCCAGGUACCCUGAAAACAGACCAUCUCCCUGUCUUUCUCACCCUCGGUGUCCUGUUGCUGUUGCUUUUGGUGGCUGGAGUCUUUGGCUUUCACCUUUGGAGAAGACAGUGGCGACCAAGAAGAUUCUCUGCCUUAGAGCAUGGGAUUCACCUACCUCAGGCUCAGAGCAAGAUAGGGGAUCUGGAGCAAGAACCGGAGCCGGAGCCGGAGCCGGAGCCGGAGCCGGAGGUGGAGCCAGAGGCAGAGACAGAGGCAGAGCUGGAGCCACAGCAGCCCUGACCUGGAGCGGACGGAGCCAGCAGAUGUCCACAGCACAGUCCAAAUAAACUCCCAUCAGCAGCAA